UUCCCUCACUUCUAACCCGAUCAUUGUAGUAAACAUAUGCCUGUGUAAGAUUUCUGGAUGCAAAAUUAAUAAAGCUUUUGGUAAACAACGAAACAUGCUGCCACGUCGUGCCGGUUUCCGUGCCUGCUACUCCUGGCCGGAUUUGAGUCAACACGGUCUUAUAAGCCGCCACCGCGUGCCACGCCCACAGCGCCAAACUGGGGAAACUCUUGGGGAGAAGUCCUGGAAUAAACCGGGGCAGCCAGCCAGGAAACACUUGUCAACCCAGUGGGUCACUCCAAAGGUGACGGUGAAUAGGACAUACCACUUUCCGGGGAGCAGGAUGACACGGUCUAUUGCAUUAUCGGGAUCGGAGAAGCCAAAGGCUAAGGUAGCGCCCCAAGUUGAGGAUCAGCAUGUGGAUGGACACGGCGUGGGGAAACUGACGUUGCAGCCCAAGGUGAGGGCGGCUGUGGCGCGUACGAAUCUUCUCGAUGGCAGACAACCUGAAACACAAUGCCAGUUUCAGGAAUCCUCUGACUCAGACUCAGACUCUGACCCUCAAGACGUAACAAACUAUCUAGACUCUGCGGUAGACACCACAGAGACUGUAGUGGAUGCGGUCCUUCUUGACGUUGUGGACACUCUUGACCUUUCAGACACCCAAGACAUUACAGACUCCAACUUCGUAACUGAUAAUCGUGACUUUGUGGACGUUACUGUAGAAACCACAGAGCGUAUAAUCGCAGGGGUCCUUCUUCACGUUUUGUCCACUCUCGACCUUUCAGGCACCCACUCUCUAGACUUGACGGAGACACAAGACCCUACCAACACAGACACUGCAGCUAACUUAAACGGACUUGAGGACAUCGACGAAGAAUCCAUGGAGCAAUUGGAGAAUGGGCUGAAUCAAUACCGCGCCAACUUCAUGAUUCGUCAGCUUCAAUACGCUGCCAUCCAUCGCGAAAGUCGGGCCCUUCUCCAGGAGAUAAGAGGCAUCUUCCAGGGACUGGAUCAACUGCGUCAGCAGGUAGACGAGCGUAUGGGCAGUAUCACUUGUCUUGAAAGCAGCCAAGCCGAUUCUUCUGAUGGAUGGGAGGAUCCUGCUCCCGAUCAGCCGCCAAACUGAUUCUAUCCAUCUCACUGAUAUGAUCCCUAUGUUUGCAUUUUAAUAAAACGUUUUUCGGUGUGCAAAAAU